AGUGAUAAUGGCACACCUUUGUGUUGGAUGUUCGUUAUCUUACGUGGAAGCUAUUCGUAAAGACGAGUAUGGAGUGUUGCAAUUUUAUGUAAACCACGGGGUUUACAACCGGACUAGGCGUUGUGGAAAUAGGAAGUGUGGCAACGAACUCGUUGUUAACGAAUUUGGGGACUUCUUUUUUCGGUGUGGAAAGUACUACACGCCUGCACCGAAACGAAAGAAAAUUAAGUGCCGGUUUACUGCCAGUGCGAAAAAGGGGACUUUCUUUGAAAGCGCACAUUUACCAUUGACGGACAUUUUUUGUAUUGUUGCGUCAAUAUUGUGUCUAGUGCCGCCGCGACAAGAUUACCUGAAAAAGAACUUUAAUAUUAGUUCAAAAACAGCUGUAGACUGGUAUUCGUUUUGUCGGGAGGUAUUUGUUGACCAUGUGGCCAAUAAUGAUGUUACAUUAGGUGGAGUUGGACACAUUGUGGAAAUUGACGAGGCAAAAUUUGGUAAAAGAAAAUAUAAUAGAGGAAGACUUAUUGAAGGGCAGUGGGUGUUUGGUGGUAUAGACCGUACCACACAUGAAACAUUUUUAGUGCCGGUAGAGAAAAGGGACAAGGAAACUCUCUUAAAAGUAAUAAAAGAAAAAAAUUGA